GUAACAAGCAAUAUCCACUAUUUUGACCCGGUCAAGGAAGACGAAGUUAUUGUCCGAGACAAGGUGUUACCAAUGGAGUUGCGUAAAGGGUGUCUGGUCGGAAUGUCCCAUGGUUGGGGAGUUUUCAAGGCAGUGUGUGGUGAUAAUAGUUAUAAAGCCAUAUAUGUUACCGACUACUACAAUCCUUGUGGCUCCAUAUCAGUCAAAAACAUUCCUUUGCAUCCACUGGGUAAACCUAUAGCUAUCCAACAGCAAGCCAUCACCAACGCCGCAAUGAACUGUUCAUCUGAUCAAAGCAAUGAAUUUGCAGUGGCUGUCAAGUGUUUAGGGCCUAUGAUCAAUUUCAAUAGGCCUGGUGGCAAACACAGGGAAUCAGGUUCGGUCGUCUUUAAAACUCUUUUCCAGUAUUUUGAUCAAUCGAAGGUUAUGUUUUCAAAGAGAGAUGAAAAGUUCUACACUCCGAGUUUUGGAGGCCAGUUCUUGGUUUCCUGGGAUUCUUUCUUCGAGGAAGACAUGACCGGCUCUGAGUUGCAAGAGUUGCAGUUCUCCAACCUGCCUGAGUUCACCCAGUCCGAGUGGGAGCUGCUGGACUCAUGUUCCAAGACUGUAUACCUUGUGGAGUCUCCCUCAGGCCAACGUUUCCUGAUCAAGUGGUACGCUCAGAACCACGAACCAGGCAAUGGGAUGGCAUUCCUGUGUCGCGGAACAAAGCGUUUCAUGGUGUUUAGACAGGAAGAAGAAACAGGGGUCAUGUCUUACACAGAGGACAUUGGAGACCUCUCCAUAUUCCUAGGCAAUAAUGAGCCCUUUUGUGUCAAGGCAAACCCUAACUCAAUCUAUUUUGCAGGCGAUGGCUGUGGUGUCUACGAUAUUGCCACUAGAAAACCAUGUUCCUUCUGUCCCAAGUCUCCCUCAGCCUUCUCGUUAGGAUCACUCCUCCCUUACUGGAUCCCUCCAAUGUCUCUCUAGUUACAGUGUCCUUCACUAGUUAUGCCUAGAUUAUGUUGUUGUCAUUUCAAGUGGUCUGUACUAAUCAAACUUAUCAUUUGUGGGAAAAUUAUGUGAUCAUGACAUUGUAGGUGCUUGAUAUUGAUUUUAAACGGUGUCACACAAGUUUGAGUUUCAGUA